CCUCGCAGCUCGCCACUGUACCACUAGUACCACCACUACCCCCCUGGCCUGCAGCUGCAGCUGCUAGUCUCCCCUGGUGGCGGCUCGCCUCCCUCCCUCCCUCCUAUCCCCACCGCCCGCCUCCCUCCCUCCCUCUACCCCAAGCUCGGGCCUUGCUAGCUAGCUAUCCGCCGUAGAGAGAGAGGAGAGGGAAGGAGGCCCCGGCGCUCCGGUUGGUUCCGUCGGAUCUCGCCUCCAGGUCACCCGUCUGCUGGGAUCUCGCCCGCCCCAUGGCCGUCGUCGCGCCGACCCCCGCCCCGGCCGCCGCGCCGGCGCCCGCCGCCGCGGCUGCUGCUCCAGCCCCCGCCCCCGCCCCCGCCCCUGCCGCGGAUCAAGCCACAGAUCUGUUGCAGAAGAUGUCGCUGGAAUCGCAGCCUCAGCCCAAGGCGGCGGCAGAUGGAACCGAGCUUGCCGGUGCCACCAAGCAGGGGCCUGUGGCCAGCCAGCCGCUCAGCGUGUCGAUCCCGCAGGACCGGUCCAUCACGCCGGUGGUUCAAGAUUUUACGGAUCCCAACAUGUUCUAUCUGCCAGCAUAUUACUAUGGAGAAUUGGGUCUUCCAGGUUACGACGGAACCAUGAGCGAGUGGGAUGAAUAUACUAGAUAUGUAAAUCAAGAUGGAGUGGAGGUUACCCCAGCAGUAUAUGGAGAUAUUUAUGGAUAUGGGUAUGCUCCUUAUGGCGCCUACUCUCCAGCUAGUUCCCCAGUCCCAACAGUUGAUGGUCAGAUGUUUGCUGCACAACAUUACCAGUAUCCAGCUUAUUAUCAGCCUCCUACCCCGAUUUCUUCUACAACUCAAGGUGACCAGCAGCAUUCAGCCAAUGCUGAUAAUAAGCCAGCAGCUAAGGCAGAUGCUGCCAAAACAACCACAAAUGUUGUUCCUAAUGGUACUGCUCAGAGUAACAGCGGAACUGCUCCCCUUGGGUCAAGCUACCAGAAUUCAUCACUGACCCCUGAUGGAACCUAUAGGGCACCCUUGAUAGGUGGAGUCCCUUCUACUGGUUACGUGGACUCAACCUAUGGGUAUGACACCACAGGGGCACACUAUGCUUGGUAUGAUGGUUCUGCCUAUACCAAUGCACAGCAAAGACCAACUACAGCUAAUUACACGCCGUCUUCAGCGUAUAAUAGCAAUGGCUCUUCUGCAAGGUAUCAGACCAAGAGCCCCACACCGCAGCAGACGGGCAACAGGAGACCAACGACUACAACAGGGUCAGCUACUCCUACAUACCCAAACAGGAUGUACUCGAGCACCCAGUCUUACAACCAGUACGGAAAUUCGGUCAAAACUGGUCUUAUGUAUGGAAACACUGGCUACGGAAGCACUGGCUACGGAAGCACUGGCUAUGGAAGCAGCGGCUAUGGCGGCAGUGGCUACGGAAGCAAUGGCUAUGAUUCCAGGUUAUAUGGUCGGUGGGGUGUUUCUAUGGAUAGCAGAUACAACAGGCCCAGAGGCCGUGGCAACGGAUAUUAUGGUUUUGGCAAUGAGAGUCAGGAUGGAACAAUUGAGCUCAACAGAGGUCCUAGGUCUGGUCGUUUCAAGAACCAGAAAGCAUUUGGCCAUACUGUUACUAUCGCUGUGAAAGGGCAGACCCUCCCUUCAAGUGAAAACAAGAAUGCUAGUGACGUACCUGAUAAGGCACAGUUCAACCUAGAGGAUUUCCCUGUCCAGUAUGAUGAUGCAAAGUUUUUUGUCAUCAAAUCAUACAGCGAGGAUGAUAUCCAUAAGAGUAUAAAAUACAAUGUGUGGGCAAGUACCACCAAUGGAAACAAGAAGCUUGAUGCUGCCUAUCAAGAAGCUCAGGCAAAGGGCUCUAGCUGCCCUAUAUUCUUGUUUUUCUCGGUUAAUACAAGUGGACAGUUUGUUGGUGUUGCUGAAAUGACUGGUCCUGUUGAUUUUGAAAAAACUCUAGAGUACUGGCAACAAGACAAGUGGAAUGGUUCAUUCUCUGUCAAGUGGCACAUCGUCAAGGAUGUUCCCAACAACAUUCUCAAGCACAUCGUCCUUGAGAACAACGAGGGCAAGCCGGUCACAAACAGCCGUGACACACAGGAUAUCAACCUUGAGCAAGGUAUCCAGAUGCUCAAGAUAUUCAAAGAGCAUGUCAGCAAGACCUCUAUCCUGGAAGACUUUGCCUUCUAUGAGAACCGCCAAAAGUUGAUGCAGGAGAAGAGAAUAAAACAACAGCAGAUCCAAAAGCAGGUGUGGGACAGCAGGGCUCCGAACCCUGUUGCUGGAGAGAAACAACAGGAAGUCGCCAACGGGAAGCCAAAGGUAUCUGUACCGAACGGUGUCAGUGGAGAGAAACAGCAGGAUGCUGUCAAUGGGAAGCCAAAGUCGCCUGUAGCGAAUGGUGUUAACGGGGAUGCGAAGGUUCCGGCAGAGAAAGCCGCUGCCACCGCUGCUCCUCCAGCCGUUACCUACGCGGCGAAGGUGGCCCAAACAGCAGCGGCCGAGAAGAAGCCUGCGGCGACCGAGAAGAAGCCUGUCGUUGCCAACGGUGCUGUCAAGACCGGUGUAGCUGCUUGAUCGCAUACCCGAUCCUCCCAGCUAGCCAUGAAGAACAAACGGACGGUGCUGGCGAACCAGGCGAGACAUGCGGGGUCCCAAGGUACUGAUCACCAAAGGUGGCUGCUGGAAAGCGGGUCGGAUAGUUAGGUUUCCCUAGCUCUCUCCUUUUUCUUCUUCUGUCGUCGUCGUAUUAUCGUCAUCCCUAUUUCAGUUUGCUUAGCUCUAAAGACUCCUCCUAUAGUGGUAUCAUCGGAAUCGCCAGAAAAAGAGAAAAGAGAACCUGUGGCAAGACAAAGGUAGUGUCGUACCCGGUGGCAUGGUGCGGUUGUGUCGCGUCUGUUUUCGGUCGGUAUUUGGUGGUGUUUGAGUAAGUACUAUGUGUUUGUGUUGAGUGUUGGGUGAGUGGAUCUGAAAGUGGGUUCUAGAUUGGAGCUGUUUUCGCGUCUUAUUAAGAUUAUAUUACAACAGAAA